AUGCCCAGUGCCAACGAGUCCCUGAAGGAUUGCCUCGCCGCCGGUGUGCAGGAGUUUAUCGUCUGCGGCGGUGCUAGGAAUGCGCCCCUCGUCGCGGCUUUGGUCGAAAAUGAAGCACUACAGGUUUGGCGGCAUUUCGAGGAACGAAGCACCGCCUUUUUUGCUCUGGGGCGCACCAGGGCCACGGGUCAACCCUGCGCAGUCGUUGUGACGAGCGGCACAGCUCUAGCCGAAUGCCUCCCCGCCGUCAUUGAGGCUCACUACCAAGCUCGUCCGUUAGUCAUUAUCUCCGCCGAUCGUCCUGAAGCCUUCCGUGGCAGCGGGUCUCCACAGGCCAUAGAACAAGAAAACAUCUUCAGCUCAUACGCUCACAACGGCAAUGCCAAUGAAUGGUGUGGGCACCAGCCUUGGCAUCUAAACCUCCCCCUCGAAGAAGAUGAAACUCUGAGCCAAUCCCUAGAGUUUGGGCUCUAUCAACCUCAAAAAGAGAACUACGAUGUCGGGGAGCUUUUAGAAUUUCUACGCACUGGAAUCUUCAAGGGCGUUAUCGCCAUGGUGGGUGGGCUGGAAUCAGAAGAGCGAGAGGAGGCCUACCAUUUUCUCAAAAACCUCGGCGUGCCAGUGGUGGCAGAUACGACCAGUGGCAUUCGGGAAUCUCUCGGCUCACAAGUGAUGGUGGCCGCAGAUCAUUACUUAAAAAAGAACCCACCGGGAAAAAUCCUACGCCUCGGUGAUGUUCCUACGGGGAGAUUCUGGCGCGACCUAGAAGACCUCUCCCAAGUGGAAGUCUUCUCCAUUACACGCAACGGGCUGCCCGGACUUGCCCGUUCCUCUCAAGUCAUCAAAGGAGCGGUGGAUCGCAUCUUACGCGGCCUCGGCGAAGUCGAAAAAAUCGGUGAUGUCAGAGACGAUCUCUCAUCUACUAAAAAAAUAGUAAAUGGGAUCGAUGAACUUCUAGAAGCUUAUCCCGAUAGCGAACCUGGACUCAUCCGCACCCUCUCUCUCUACGCCACCACGGGAGAAAGUCUUUUCUUAGGCAACAGCUUACCGAUCCGCGAAUGGAAUGACUACGCCCAGCGUGAACUCCCCUACCCCGAAAUCCACGCCAACCGUGGUGCCAAUGGCAUCGAUGGCCAACUAUCUACUUGGCUCGGAGCCACCGCCAGCGAUACUGAAGCCUGGGGCAUCUUCGGCGACCUCACCACGCUCUACGAUCUCUCGGCCCCUGCCCUGCUCAACCAAGUUUACCAACAAGGCCGCACUCUCGUGGUGAUCAAUAACAAUGGCGGGCGCAUUUUUGAAAAACUCCCACGCCUCGAUGCCUAUAGCGAAGCCUCGCGAGAAGCCAUUAUCCAACCUCAAGGUGUCGAUUUCCAACACUGGGCAAAAAUGUGGGGGAUGAACUAUCACCUUGUGACUACUCGCGAAGAAAUCGAUGAGUUCCAAGAUGUCGAAGCCUGCACUCUGGUCGAAAUCCAGCCCUCGCAAUCACAAACCGAGAACUUCGAGCAGGCCUUGCAGCGCCUCUUUUAA